GUCAAAGCUCAAAGCAGUGGGGAUGAAGAGACGCGUGACGUCACACUCAGUUGACUGCGCGCCUGUCGCACGGACUAUCCGAACGAACGUUAGUCAUGCUCUCGAGUUCUUAGUAGAAGGUUGUGCUUGCUCCUGCAGAUACUCUCACUCGCUAUUCGUGACGGAUUACUUACCAACAAAAAAACAGUUAUCUUCGAAGAUCCAAACUCUAAAAAAAAAUCAAAGUUUUUAUCAAGAGCUUCUGAGAACUUUCUCUAAUAACAAGAUGAUUACUUCAAGUAAUCAAUAUCUCCGACCGGAGUAUUUAACUCCUCUUCCAACUACUUUGGAUGCUAAGAAGAGUCCUUUGGCUCUGCUAGCGCAAACUUGCAGCCAGAUUGGAGCGGAUAGCCCGAACUCCAAGCUGAUCCAAAGUGGAGACAAGAAGUCCAAAGGUGUUGUUGACCUGGGGAAGGAUAAGUCCGGAAAGCCGGAGUCACCGCACAAGGCGAACUUCAAGCCGUACGAGAACAUCCGCGAAAAGUCGAAGACCCCUGAGGAGCGGUCCGGGUCAGCGUCCAACCGCGUUCGUACCCCGGUUGCGUCCAACAAAAGUGUCAGGUGUAACAGUAAUCAGAGUGCCACAUCGUUGAGGGAAUCCCCGAAAAGUCAGGUGGAUGAGAAGGAAGAAUCUUCGCCGUCGAAGAUCAGUGAUCACAGGACUAUCAGUCCUCCAACCUCCGUCGGUGUGAAAUUAAGUGCGACCCAGAGUAUUCUUACAUCUUCGUCUUCGGAUCCAGCAGUUAAAGAUCUUCCUUUGGGAACGUUCAAGCCGGGCAUGCCGCCAACCUCCGCAUACUUGGGUGCUUACCAUCCGACCGCGCUACCACUUGGAAUGGAUUUAAUGACCAGUAGCCAUCUGAUGUCUCAGCAUCACGCACUCAAAGCGAGCGGUCUGAAUCCUUAUUUGAAUUACGCGAGGAUGAAGAGCCCGAGCGAUCCGCUCUGCAGGGAUCCUUACUGCACUGGAUGCAGUCUGAACUCCCAUCUGUUGGGACCGGCGAGCGCCGGACCGAAAACACCGACCUCAUGUUCAGCAGGAUGCACGCAAUGCGACCACGCCACCUCGAAACCGAGCUACAUGAGUGCCAGUUCAGCAGCCGCAGUUUAUGCCCAUGCCCAGUUGGCCGCACUCGCCGCCGCUUCUCAUCUUCCCUACGUAUGCAAUUGGAUCUCCGGAGAUGCCGCCUAUUGCGGCAAGAGGUUCUCCAGCUCCGAGGAACUCUUGACCCAUCUCAGGACUCACACGAGCACAGUGUCCGAAUCCAGUUCACCAUUGUCGAUGUUAAGUGCACCCGGUCUUCCUCCGAAUCACCCUCUCCUCCACAGAACCUACCCGACACCACCACUAAGCCCUCUCGCGAACCCCCGUUACCAUCCCUACAGCAAACCAUCUCUCCUGCCACCAUCCUUGACCUCUUCUCCGUUAGCCUCUUAUCCUCUGGCCCAUCCCGGACUUAAUCCGUAUCUUUCCCCAUACUCAAUAUACGGUCCCAGGCUAGGAGCAGCUCCAGGAAUGCACCCCUAAACUGCAAACCAAAACUGUGUUAACAGACUUUUUUCGACUAGUCUUCACUUUCCCAAAAAAAUAAAUAAAAUGAAAUAAUUAUAAAAAAUAAAUAAAAAAAAUAAUAAUGAAGAGAACAAUCAGUGAGUUUCCAGCGGUGUUUACCUUCAACGUGAACUUGACUGUGUGAUAUUAAUUUUUAAUAAUAAUCUGUACAAUUUUAGACUGCUAAAAAAUCCUAUUGUUUGAACAUUUUUUGUACAUAAUAAU